GAUGAUCUGAUGUGAGCCCCUAGGCCGUUGUUCUUUUCCACACUUAGCAUAGGAUCUACUAGAAUAAUAUCAAGCAAACAAAAGCCAAUAGCUCACUAUAGACUCAGCAAGGCACCGGCUGACCAUGGCAGGCCCUGUGCGGAGGCGGCAGGCGUGCGACCGAUGCCACUCGCAGAAGCUCCGCUGCCCCAAGCAGCAGGGGAGCGCGAGCUGCACGCGCUGCGCCAAGAUGAAGGCCCCCUGCGUCUUCAGCACCAUCGGGAGACACUCCAGCGGCCAUGUCGCGGCGGCGGCGGUGGACGCGGCCUCGCUUUUCCCUUCUCCCCCGUCGUCGUCGCUUUCACCAUCAGGAGCCGCCACCGCCCUCCAACCGCAGCCGUGGGCCGACAUCGCCGAGUUUCCUAGCGGUGGCUUUGGCGGUUACUACAUCGGCCACCCUGCCGGAAUGCUCUCGCUCCCCGGCGUGGCCCCGGUCCCGGACUGGCUCGCGCUCGACGCCGCGCUGGCCAGCAGCAGCAGCGAGUCGCCGCACGUCGUCGCGGCGACGGCUGGCGGCGGCAGUUCGGCCAGCUCAUUCGGGGAUCAAUCGGCAGCAGAGGCCGAGGCCGCCUGCGGCCGCACCCUAGCCGAGCUGCAGGUGGAGCUGGACGGCACGCUCGCCGCCCUGCCGCCGCCGCCGUUCAUGCACGUGGCGGCCGGCGACAACGCCGCCAUCGCCGAGCGCCUAGCCGAGGUGGCGGCGCGGCUGGCGGCGCGCGGCUUCUUGGAGCGCAUCUUUGCCGCCGUCCAGCGCCUGACCGACGUGUACCCGGCCGCCGUCGACGCGGCGCUCGGCGGCGGCGGCGGCGGCGAGCCCCCCUGCACCGUCCCCGACUGCGUCCACGCCCACGGGCUCCCGCCCGAGUUCGCCGGGCUAGACGACGGCCAUGACGGCGCGCCGCCGCUGCCGCCAAGGUCUGGUGGCGGCGGCGGCGUCGACAUGGCGCUGGCCGGCCAGCUGGUGUCGUGCCACCUGCGCCUGCUCGACGUGCUGGACCGGAUCAUGCUCUACGCGCUGUCGUGCCUGCGCCUCAAGGUGGCGGCCGGCGGGGUCCGCCACCCGGACUUCCCGCUGCCCGAGCUCAAGGUCGGAUCCUUCCGGCCCGCGGGCCCCUCGGCGCAGCUGAUGCAGGUCAUCCUCAUCAGGGACAUGAUGGACGGGCUGCACCAGCACCUCCGGCUCUUUGCCGACGCCGUGGACGCCGAGGCCUCGGCGGCGCCGUCGCUGGGCGCCCGCACACUUAAGCUCCAGACCGAGCUCCUGGGCGAGAGGCAGGCACGCGUGUCCAAGCACUGCAAGUCGCUCAGCUCGUUCCUCUUCAACCGAGACCCAGAAGAGCGGCCAUGACAUCUUCAUUGGGCAAGAGACUAUAGUCAAGAGACGAUGGACACUCACCAUCUCAUUCGUGUUUUUAUAUCGUCCUAGCCCCUCUCAUCAUCUUGACAAACUGAAACCCCACGGUUCAAACCCCAUCCGGGACACUCAGUUGCUUUUGGCCUUUUCGACGCCAUCACUGCUCGUAGCACGCCCGGCUGGGGUGAUGUCGUCGGAAUCGACACCUCGCCCGCUCUCGGCCCCCUCGGCUUCCUUGGCCGGCGUGACCGUGUGGACGUUGGUCGGCGUCUCCGAGUCCCUGACAACGCGCCCUUGCGUAUCCUCCAUCUCCUCUGGUAGUACGAGGUUGAGGAUCAUGCAGAUGAUGGCAGCCACAAAGAAGCCUGUCGCGUUCCGCCAGUCAGCUUCCUUUUGCUUUCUUCUUUCCGAGAAGGAAAGGCGCACACGCAGCGCUUACCGGUUUCCAUGAUCAGCUCAAUGGCAUUCAGGAGGCCCCUGAGAUCUCUAUUGGCCGGGGUAGACGCAAAGACCUUGUGAAAGUAGGUCGGCACGAGCGUGGCGCCAUAUCCGAUAGCCAAGCCCGCAGUCAGGAUGAAGCGGUUCCUUCUGUUAAACGGAACACCCUUGGCGAUGAUGGCGACGCCCGAGACGGCGACGGAGCAGAACAAAAAGGUCGCUGUUCCCCAGGAGGCACCUGGUUGUUAGCGAGCAUGAACAAAGGCGUAUGGGCAGUUCGAGAAAAUGAAAGGAAGCGGAAGGAAACCCACUCAUGCCACCCAAGACGGGUGAUGGUAUCGCAACGAGCGAUGCGGCAAACUUGGCGAGGACGCCCAUGAUGACAAGGAAGAAGCUGCGGAUGCGUCAGAUCCAAUGCCCACAAACGCGCUAGAGCGAGUGUGGCACCAACUCACCAGCAAAAGUAACCGGCCUUGCGGUUCGCACACCUCGUCAGAGCGAUGACACCGUUGUUCUGCGCAAAGGUGGUCAUGGGCGUGAUGGUCAUGAGGGCCGCGCUGUUGGUGUUGACCACCGAGCCAGUCAGCUGUCCGUUCCUGCUGCGCUGCUAUUCGUCUGUUGGUGGCGGCUUACAGAAUUCCGUUGAUACCAUCUGCCAGGACUAUUUUCCCACGCAGGUUGGAGUCAGAACUGGGCCUCUAGAGUGCAAAUUUAGGGGGGGAUUUGGUGACGGAGCACCGGGACACACUCACCACCGCCCUGAAUCCUGCUCUCGUACGUCCUGCCCUCGACCUCGAGACGGCUCACGUCGCACGUAGCGGUGAUGUCUCCAAUGGCCUCGCAGGCGCAGAUGAUAAAGACUGCGAUGAUGGGUAGUAUAAUGGGCGGGUAUACCUGCAGCUUGAAGGUCUGCAUCCAGACAAAGGACACCGCCGGGGCCGAGUCGAUGCCGCUAUUGCUGAAGUAGCCACAGGCGGCAGCGAUGAUGCAGCCUGUCAGGAGGCCGAUCACGACCGAGGUGGACUUCAUGAUGGGCGAGCCAAAACGCUCGCACAGAAUGAUGGUUAUAAAGACGGAGAAGCCGAGGCCUGCAGAUGGAUGCGGGUCAGAGUCGAGAUGUGUGCAACGAGUAGGGAGAGCGACGUGACUAGAACAAGCACUCACCCAGGAAUUCGGCGCUUCCCCAAGGCAGGGGAUGGGGCGCGCUGAUGUCGGGACAAAGCCUGAGAAAAGCCGGGCCAGCGUCGCCCUGGCUGCAGCCAGCACCUCCGGCCCAGUUGGUGAAGGCGGAACGGAUCAAGGAGCUGGGGGUGGCAAAAGGAUCAGCACCGAAAGACUGCGUUUGACAGAAAAGGAGAAACGGCUCACUCACAUGCCGAUGAGCAUGACGGUCGGGCCGGUGACGAUGGGCGGGAAGAUGCGGAGCAUGACCUUGGGCGGGAGGAACGAGAUGAGGACCUCGACCAGGCCGCAGACGGCGGCAGUGCCGAUAAUGGCGCCGUAGGCGUCGGGGCAGGGCAGCAGGGAGCCGUCGGCGGCCUUGGAGCAGAAGCCGUUGUCGUACAUCUGCUUGAUGGCGCCCUCGGCGACGGGGAUGAUGGCGAAGGAGAUGCCGACGACGGAGAUGAGGCCGGUGCCGAUGUAGUAGGGGGUCCGGUAAAUGUGGAAGCGGGUGAUCUGGAUGGUGGACAACAGGCCCGAGACGAUGAGGGCGGUGGAGACGAGGUACUGGCGUGUGUCGGGCCGCAGGUUGGCAAAGUUGGACAUCAUGAUGGGCGGCACGAUGAGGCCGGCCAGCAUGGCCAGGGCGUGCUGGAAGCCGAGGAGGGCGGCCAGCAGCAGGGGCAUGCGGUCGUGCAGCCCGAAGAAGGGCGCGGCCUGCGUGGGCGGCCGCAUGAAGGGCAGGUUCGGCAUGAAGAGGAACUUAUAGUCGUAGUCGCCCACCAGGCCCUCCUUGGUCGUGAGCGAGCGCCGGACGCGCCGGAGACGGUGGCCCAGCCCCCUGCGGGCCGGGGCCUCGUCGGGCACGAUCCGGGGAGGGAGGUCGUGGUCUUCCUGCAUGUUGUGCGUCCUGGGCUGGAGCGACACACACACACACACACACCAGGUACCUAGCCACGCGCAGCGCACGUCCGGUAUAUCAAAAAGGGACGGGUGCAAAUCGGCAGGCGGCUCUAGUGGAGACCGGGGGGUGUGAUGCAGAGGAACUCGGAUGAAAAGAAGGGGUGGGAGGGAUGUGCCCCUUCAAAUAUAUAGACGGGACGAACAGACCAGAGCAGGACCGAAGACCGGUCUACGGGUAGACCGUCCGUCUGGAUAAUGCUACCGGGCUAGAUCAUGCACGAACGAGGUGUGGAUGUGACGGGCUCGGCG